AUGCCCAAUUCCUCACCAGCUGAUCAUGAACCCAUUCCAGAUGUCAGAAAUCAAGUGGAUCUACAAAUUGGUCUAGUAGGUGAUGCGCAGGUUGGGAAGACUUCGUUAAUGGUCAAGUAUGUCCAAAACAUAUUCGAUGAGGAAUAUACCCAGACUUUGGGAGUCAAUUUUCUGAAACGGAAGGUGAAACUGCAUUCCACCGAUAUAGUGUUUUCAUUGAUGGAUUUAGGAGGACAGAAGGAAUUUAUCAAUAUGUUGCCCAUCGCGGCUGUCGGAUCAUCUGUUAUUGUAUUCCUAUUUGAUUUGACGAGACCUGAGACAUUGAAUUCUAUCAAAGACUGGUAUAGGCAAGUGAAGGGGUUGAAUGAUAUUGCUAUACCGAUCUUGGUGGGGACCAAAUAUGAUCUCCUUAUAAAUUUAUCCGCCGAAUACCAGGAACAGAUAUCUACAGCAGCUAUUGAUUAUGCUAAUGUGAUGGACGCUCCUCUGAUAUUCUGUUCCACGGCAGAAUCUAUUAAUGUGCAAAAGAUAUUCAAGAUAGCUCUGGCGAAGAUAUUUAAUCUUACUUUGGUUGUUCCAGAGAUAAGAGAUAUCGGAGAUCCUCUAUUAUUAUACAAGGAAUUAGGAAAUAACAUUCAGAAGGUUAAACAAUCAAAGUCUCCGCAACGUCUAUCGUGA